AACUAUGUCACGAACGAGCGCAUACCUUUUUGUGAUAAGUGGUUUGAUAAUAGUUCUAACAGCAGCGGAAUUUUUACCUAAACAUAGAAAACAAAAGAGGCAAUUGUUUCGAGAAAAUGUGCUCCCCGAUCUUGGUGGUAAAAUUCCAGAAUUCGCUUACCGGCCCGAUAGAAUAUCUCUAAACGUUUUGAACCAAAAUGGGGUUAUCUUCAAUGGGUUUGUCUUAGAACCAUCUCGAAACGUAUUUAAAUAUGAUACUAAAGUGAAAAAUCCCGAUGUCCUUCGGUUAUCAUAUGUUGAUAAUAGAUCGGUAUUUACAAAGGGAGAUUUAGGAUCAUCUAAAGAUGCAUACACAGCGUACAUAUUGCGACACCCUUCAAAUGCUCCCACGCCUGUAAUUUCGACAAAAUACAACAAUUAUCCUGUGACACCGUACUCGUCCUUGAAAUUAAUUUAUCGAUUUAGGCAGGAAACCAAACAACGACAAACUGAUCCUUGCUUAAACGACAUUUUCCCAAAAGAUUGCCUAGGCGAAAGUAUAUUUAAAGAAUUCACUCCAUAUUUGCAGAAACUGCAUGAACUUUAUAGAUAGAUGUUUUAAUUUUUAAUACCUAAUAAUUUUACUAAUUA